AUGCUCGUCGUCAUCAUUCACCCGGAGCAAUGGAACGGCGGAUCGGAUCGGUGUACGGUGGCUAUGAUACGCUACUUCGUCAAUGCUGGACACCGCGUCGUGUGGCUGACCACGAUGAUUGACGAAUAUUGGCGGAACCAUCAGUGGGAAGGAGUUGAAGUUCGCGACAUCGGUCUAAAGCUUCACCCCGGAGACUGGUUCUCACAAAAUGUCGCUCUCGGCUGGUAUCUGUCUUUUUCCGACCUGAACCCGGACCUCGUCGUCAUCGACCACAGUGCCAGUUGCGUCCCUUUACUCAAGUGGCGUUUCCCGAGCGUGAAAAUGUUGUUCUACUGUCACUUCCCGCAACAGCUGGUCACCCCUUCCAGGCUUUUCCUGUAUCGCUGGUAUUCCCGUAUGAUCGGCGUCGCCGAGGAGUACCUCUUCGAGAAGACCGACAUCAUCAUGGUCAACAGCCAUUUUACCGCAAACCAAUUCCGACGCGUCAUGCCGACGAUCCCGGACCACAAGAUUCAGGUCGUCUACCCACCCUGCGACGUCGACGCUAUUGUCAGCCAGGCGGCCACAGCCAUCAGCAGAAAGAACCGCGCCCCAAACGACCGCUACAUCUUCAUGUCGAUGAACAGAUUCUGGCCCGAGAAACGGCUGGAUAUUAUAGUCGAGGCGGCAGGUAUCCUGAAGCGCCGCGGCUACAAAUUCCUUGUUCAACUCGCCGGCUCGGUGAUGCCGCACAUCCCGGAGAGCAAGAUUUACUACGACGAUUUGCGAAAGAUGACCAGCGAACUGAACGUGGAAGACGUCGUCGAGUUCGUCCCAUCCCCGUCCGAGCUGCGCAAGUUCGAGCUGUACAGAACCUGCGACUCUGCUCUCUACACGCCUCCCAACGAGCACUUUGGCAUCGUGCCAAUAGAGGCUCUGGAACAGAGACGGCCAGUGAUCGUCUGCGACAGCGGCGGCCCUGCCGAGACGGUCAUCGAGGACGUUACUGGCAACAAGAUUGCGAGCCCGAACCCGGAACUUCUCGCCGACGCGAUGGAGAAGCACAUGAAGCGCGUGGAGUGGCCAGCCCUAGAUACCGACGAUGGCUAUCGAAUUCAGCGCGCCCGCUUCGACCGCGAAUUCUCCUACCAGGGCUUCUGCGACCAUAUCGAGUCGGCGCUGAAGGAGAUGUUCCCCGGAAAGAUCGAGCUUCAUCUUCCCCCUCUUCUUCCCAUCAACUACGCUACUUUCCCGUUUACGGGUAGCCCAGCGGCGAGUCAGCCGAUCAACCGCCAGGCCAACCCCUCGACGAUCCUCCACUUUCCAACCCUUCCGCCAACUUUAAAUUGUGCCCCACCCAUCCAAGAGACGUUUCGAACUACAGCUUCAAUAUCGUCUGUGAAUGGAGGCAACCACUUCAAAAAUACCGGCAUACCCAGAACAACUGCUACUCAAGACAAGGAAUCGAUUGAAUACGGUAAACUCUAUGAUAAAAACGGAUCGCUGAAAGUUGAAGAACUUUUGAAGGAAUUCCCGGACCGCGAAUUCUACUUUGAACUGGGCUCCCCCAUUGAAUUCCUACGCAAAUUCCUGCUGCAAAAUGGCCACGUUUUCGCGUUGAAUCGAAGAACCGAUAGGGCGAAAAACCGGCGAAACGAAUACAGGGACAAGCUGUUUGAGGUUGUCGGCAAGCUCCUCGAGCGAGUAGAAGUCGAAACAUCCGAAUUUCUUGAGUGGUUGCCUACAUCGGAAGACAGCACAGAUUCGCUAGAGCUAAAUUGCUAUGAAGACGAGGAGCCGGGAUAUAAAGCCAAGAUUUUGCUCCACAGACACCGCGAGAUAUUUGUGGAACGAGGCCGCCUCGGUCUACAUGAAGAUACACUCGCCAACUCGCCAGCUUUGUUCGAUUCAACGCUUUUUCCUGAGCUGCAGCCUGACCAAGCCGGAAAACAGAUUGUCCGGGAUCACAGCCAGCUCUAUCGACUCCGCGCCCAGAUUAUCGACGGGAGCUUCACGUUUUUGAAGGCCAUCAUUCUGGAGCCCCCGUUCGCCGGCAGCAAAAUCUCGAUAAUGCCGCACCAUCUGGAGAACGAGGAGCGCCGAAUGUGCGACAUGUAUCCGAUUGGGAGUUUGACCGAAAUCACUUGCAUCACCACCCACAACGCGGCUUGUCAGUUUUUGGCGACGAAGGUAGAGCCGAUCUGCAGCGCGCGAAAUAAUAAUGUGUUUUGUUUAACGCCGGAACACGCAAGCAAGCGCCGCGUGGCUGUGUAUGGCGAUAAGGCGCCGUGGUUCAGCUGUUACUGGAUGGUGAAGGGCGCGCUGCCGAAUGCUUGUAUUUUGAGUCAAUUGACUGAUCAACAGGAAGCCGAACGAACCGAAAGAUGUCGGAUUGCUUUGAUAACUUCGCUACUACCGCGAGUCGAGCGGCCACUCGCCGAAAUGGCGGCAAUGACUAUGCUGACCCUCGUUCCGAACGCCGAGCCCCCAUUCCCCUCCGUACCUCAGCAUCGCCCGCUCGAGCUUUUCGACAAGCACGACUACCUCGUCUACUUCAUCCAACAUCACCCGCAUUUAUGGCAAAUCUAUGAGAAAGAAGACGACCUCGAGCUGAACCAACAAGGCAUCGACAUGGUCCGCGCGUAUGGCCCACGUCAACGAGCGCGUUUUUUGGAGUUGUUGCGGAUCGUGGCGGAGGCGGAUCCGAAUCGCGGUGUCAAAUUUGAAGAAGUGGUCAACAAAUUCCACGCCGCGUACCCGCACACAUUGGAAUCGCAAAUCCAGGGCUGGCUCCACACGAUGGGCACGAUUGUGACGAAACGCUGGGAUAGCGAAGAAAAUCAAUGGAACUACCGCACCAACGGCUACGUCAAAAAUGGGUAUUUCUUUUUAAAA